AUGCAAAAGUUAAUCGCAAGUAGUCCAUCAGCUACAAUCAACCUACUUGGAGUCGAUAUAGGCUGUAUUUUAGAUACUGGAGCUGAAACGUCGCUGAUCCCGAAUGAAACAUAUGGGACACAUCUUAAACCAAGACUUGGAGGGAAGUCUCCAGAGGGUAUAUACAUACCGAUUGUAGGAGCGAAUGGAAAACCUAUUGAUGUUGUUGGGUACGUCGAGCUCCCAUUGAAGUAUGGUAGUGAUGUUGUAAAGUCAAGUUUUCUUGUGACAAAAGACUGCUCGGGUAAGCGAAGAGAAAAUCAUCCGUUUCUCUUGGGUUGCAACAACCUACGACUCUUAAAGCAAUUUAAUGUUCCUGUGAAAGAUGGUUUUGCAUGGCAGUUUGUCCAAAGGUUAUUAGCAGAUGAACCAACUGAGAAGAAACAAAGUAUCUCAUCCGAAGUCGCUGAACUGAAAGUUGCGGACAAUGUUACCCUACCGGCAUGCAGCGUAAGACGUGUUACUUGUAGUGUAGGUGAGCUGAAGGGUGAUGUCAUGGUGAGUCCAGUAGCAGUUAAAAGUGGUUUAGAAGUGGUGGAAGGUUGCGAAACCGUAGGAAAUGGUGUUGUCCAAAUAAUGGUUGCUAAUCCUGAGAAACACUCUAUUAAUUUGCAAAGUGGUUCAACAAUAGGAUCUGUAACAACUGUGAACCAAGAAAGCAGAGUAGUACUGAAAGAAGGGGAAAACUCGAGUCUGAAAAUUUGCGUUAAUGAAGUGCUAAAGGUCUCAGGUGAUGUAGAUAAAGUAGUGCAACCAGGUAUGCAGGACGAAAGAUUAAAGAUUGAUCAAGAUGUUAAACCAGUUCCUGGACUUAAUUUAAGUCACUUAAAUGAUGAAGACAAGCAUAGAGUCACUGAUUGCAUCACAAACUAUCCAGAAGCAUUUUCUAUGAGUGUAUAUGAUGUCGGAGAGUGCGACGUUAUCCCACAUAAUAUCUCUUUAACAUCAGAUAAGGCUAUCAAGCUUCCAUUUCGGAGGAUUUACGCACAAAGAGUUCCUGAAGUUAAGAAAAUGAUACAGGAAAUGGUUGACCAGAAAAUUAUACGCCCAUCCAAGAGUCCGUAUGCAAGUCCCGUCGUCUUGGUAACAAAGAAAGGUGGAUCCUUGAGACUGGUAAUAGAUUAUAGGAAGCUAAACUCUAUGACUAUUAAAGAUUCUUUCCCUUUACCUAGGAUAGAAGAAGUGUUGGACCUGUUGGGAGGAGCUAGGUUUUUCUCGGCUCUAGACCUCGCCCAUGGAUAUCAUCAGAUAACUCUAGAAGACACGUCAAUAAAGAAGACUGCAUUUAGUGUCCCAUGGGGUCUGUAUUAG